AUGGCGAAAUUUUUUAAUUUAAAAAAAUUCGGGUUGUCAAGAUGCAUCACGUCGCUGAUCGUUCUGGUGAACAUCUUCCUUAUGGAAAAUGCUUGCAUGUGGAGCCCCAAUAAGAACGAAAUAUCCAAAUUGCAGGCACGUGGCACGGGCCCAAGGCAGUUAGCAGAAUCGUCGACAGACGUAGAAAAUUCUUUCUCCACUAAAUUGCACCAAAAGGAGAAACACAACGAAAUUGAAGAAGGAGAAGAAGAAGCCAGCAUUUCAAAUACCUCUAAGCUACCAUUCGGAUGUAAAGAGUCAGAAAUUAACAGAAAUCUAACCAUCGAUGAGCUAAACAAACUAAUCACCUCCUGUUUAUUUUUCGUAAGCAAUCAAAAAGCCUUCGUCGUAUUCCACCACUAUACAAAUUAUUUAAGGUCCUGCUUCCACAACAUGAUGGAUGAUUUGCUAUAUCAUUUUUCAAAAUCAGCAAAACAGCAUGGAGUGUCAGAAUAA